AUGCCUGCCAAGGAUCGACCUCAGCGCUCGGCGACGGCCAAGGGCAUCAAGAAGAAUAAGACAACUCUCGUGGUGGGACUUGACUUUGGCACGACUUUCUCUGGCGUUGCGUACGCCCUCUCGACAAAUCCUGAGAAGAUAAGCAUCGUAUCGCGCUAG